AUGGCUAAGCCUCGAGCCACGCGGAAACAGCCGAUUGUGCUCUCAUCCGACUCUGAAGCAGAUGAUUCACACACACCGCCUCCCACGCGUUCCAAGAGGGGCACACUAACAAGCGUACCGACUGGGGCGCAUGGUAAGAACAAGGCUACCCGAUCCCAGACACGUGCAGCCUCUCCCACGCGAUCGAGAACAGCUGCUACUAAGACUACCACGUCUCCAGCCAAAUCCCCGGCCAAGACAAAGCCCGUCCUCAAGCCCAUCACUUCUUUCUUCAGCAGUGUGCCGCGGCCGCAAUCGCUACAGCCCACGCCGAGUCCCGAGAAACCUGCCGCGUCCAUUGAGCAUGUAGACGAUAUAUUCGACGACGACAUUUUUGAUUCCUCGGACGAUGCGCAACCGCUCAAACCCUCGAAACCUCUCCCCGUGCGCAAGAGACCCAUCGCUGCGACAGCGCCAAGUGACCAUGGCAGUGCCGUGAAUAGUAGACAGAAGUUCCUACGAACAGCAAGCGGAGCCCGCAGUGUCACUCCCUCGUCGUCUCAGCCGGCGCGGCAGGACGCAGAAGACCGGCGGCCAUGGACUGAAAAGUACGGCCCCGUGUCGCUCGAUGAGCUCGCUGUACAUAAGAAGAAGGUGACAGACGUCCGGACAUGGCUGGCCGACGUCUUCAGCGGCAAGUCGCGUAAGAGGUUGCUGCUUCUCAAAGGCCCCGCUGGUAGUGGAAAGACGACGACCAUGUCCUUGCUCUCUAAAGAACUGGACAUCGAAAUGCAUGAGUGGAAGAACCCUGUAGGUUCCAUGUCCACUUCUGACAGCUUCGUGUCUGCUACAGCACAAUUCGACGACUUUGUUGGGAGAACUGGAGCCUUUGGUAGUCUGGCCUUCGAUAAGCCGACAAUGAGUCUUCAGUCCGCUUCGCCUAGCAGUCAUGCUGCAAGGCAGAAGCAACUGGUCCUAGUAGAGGAGUUUCCGAAUACAUUUGCACGUACUUCUUCGGCCGUUCAAUCUUUUCGCUCUUCCGUCCUCAACUAUCUUGCUGCCAACACACAAUCAGCUACUGCAUUCUUCUCCACCCAAGUCGAUUCCGAGCAGCCCGUGACUCCAAUCGUUAUGAUCAUCUCAGAGACUCUGCUGUCUACCAAUACAGCAGCAGCAGACAGCUUCACUGCACAUCGUCUGUUAGGUCCUGAGAUCCUGACCCAUCCUGGAGUGGAUGUUAUCGAGUUCAAUCCAAUCGCAACCACAUUCAUGACGAAAGCGCUAGACACAAUCGUUGUCAAAGAGGCACGGAAGUCUGGACGUAAGAAGACCCUCGGGCCACAAGCCAUUCAGCGUCUUGCGGAGCUUGGAGACAUCAGAAGCGCAGUCUCAUCACUCGAGUUCUUAUGCUUACGUGGCGACGACGCGGAAGGCUGGGGCGCAAAGGUCAACUUUACCAAGAAGAAGGGGCCGAAAGAUGUCCCAAUAACGAAGAUUGAACAGGAGUCGCUUGAGAUGGUGACGCAGCGGGAAAGUACUCUCGGUAUCUUCCACGCCGUUGGGAGGGUCGUCUACAACAAACGUCUACCGGAAGACCCUAACACACCUGUAGCCCAUCCACCGAACUGGUUUCCCGAGAGGCGAAGGCCAAAGGCUUCGGAGGUCAAUGUUGACACGCUCAUCGAUGAGCUAGGCACCGAUACACAAACUUUUGUUGCUGCUCUACACGAAAACUAUGUCCUGUCUUGCGGAAGUGCAGAUAGUGAAGAGACAAUGGAUUCUAUUGAGGGAUGUAUAGAAGGCCUUUCGGAUGCCGAUCUUUUAUCGCCGGAUAGGUUUGGCGCUGGCGCUGGCCGUCGGAAUCUUCAAGGAACGAGUGCGGACAAUCUGCGUCAAGACGAGAUGUGCUUUCAGACGAGCGUGCGCGGACUUCUGUACAAUCUGCCAUAUCCUGUCAAACGAAUGGCGCCACCCCCGGGCAUAAGGGGCAUCAAAGCGAAAGGCCAGGGAGCAAGUGGCGGCGCGGCGAGAGGGAACGCGUUCGUCAUGUACUAUCCGGCGUCGCUGCGGAUAUGGAAACAGCAGGAAGAGAUUGAGGAUUUAUUGGAGAUGUGGGUAUCGAAGGCGCAACGUGGUGAACUGUUUUCGACGGGGUCAGGUACAUCAAGACCGACUUUCUCAAGCGGAGGAGUCGAGACUUGGAGAGGCAAUGCCUCGUUUUCACAACCCACAUCAGCGUCAGGCUCGAAAGGUGCGGAAGAAGAUGCACCCGCUUCCAUUCUCCUGGGAAGUGGUGGCUCAGCUCGGAAUGAGAUGCUUUUGGAACGUCUUCCUUACAUGACUACCAUUUUACGAAGGUCACGUAUGCCGCCUCCAUCUACAGCAGCCACUGUGCGUGAGAUCAAGAAGAUUACCUCAUUUACUGGGAAUGCUUUAACUGGUGCUACUGAAGAAGAUGAUAUGGAGGAGGAUGCCCGUCCCGGCGAGCAAGAGCAGUGGUCGACAGACAAACCGACCGUAGAAACACCCAAAAGGAAGGGACGAGUGAAGUUCGAAACUAGAGCGCAAGAGCCGGAAUCGGCCAUUUCUGGAUUAGCAGACAAAGGCGCCAGUCUCACGUUGAGCGAUGACGACAUUGAAGAUUGA